AUGGAAAGUAAUAAGGUUGAAGCUAGAAAAGCAAUGGAUACUGCUGAGAAGAAACUUUGGAAGAAUGAUUACGUGGGAGCGAAGAAAUUCGUUAACAAGGCUCAGAAUUUGUAUCCUAAGCUUGAGGGUUUGAGACAAGUAUUGAUGAUGAUCGAUGUUCAUAUCUCUGCAUUAAAGAAUGGAAAAGGAGAAUCAGAUUGGUAUGAAAUCCUCGGUGUUGAUUCUUUGGCUGAUGAUAAAGCAUUGAAGAAACAAUACAAGAAGUUGGCUCUUUUGCUUCAUCCAGACAAGAACAAGUUUCAUGGCGCAGAAGAAGCGUUUAAGCUUGUUUCAGAUGCUUGGUGUCUAUUAUCUGAUAAAGCUAAGAGAAAAAUUUAUGAUCUAAAGAGGAAGUCUAAACAAGUUAAACAGAAAAAGAAGAGUUGGAAGAAGCAGAAACCACCACCACCAAAGUCACAUGAGGAGCCACAUUUUUAUGAAAACUGGGAUCGAAAUACGAAAGAAGACGAUGAUUGGUAUCGAAAAGCGAAAGAAGAGGAGAAACGGAGAAACUACGGUAAUUGGGAUCAAAAUCCGGAAGAAGAGGAGGAUCCAAGAAGUUAUUAUCAUAAAAGUGAUUCCGUUGAUAUAUUUUGGACAGUAUGCAAUAGAUGCAAUAUAUAUUGUAAAUUUGAAAGGGCUAAUCUAAACAAAACCUUGUCUUGUCCAAACUGUAGUCAUGAUUUCGUUGCGAGAGAGAUCAUUCCAGAGAUGAUCAAUGGGAGGCCAGUCUAUGGAUUCUCAACUCCUUACCGACAAAAACAACAGCCAAGUGAUACUUCUUCUUCAACAACAUCUGAUAGCGCGAAUCGAGCAAGAGAAAGAGUGAUAAGAGGUAUUGAAGAGAUUGCUGCUGCUUUUGCUAGUGGAAAUAAAGAUCUCUACGGUUGA